AUGGUGAGUCCCAACGCGCCGUCGGACGAACCGUCGGACGAACCGUCGGACGAACCCACGGACGAACCCACGGACGAGCCGUCGGACGAACCCACGGACGAGCCCACGGAGUAUCCCGAGCCUUCGGACGAGCCGUCGGACGAACCCACGGACGAGCCCACGGAGUAUCCCGAGCCGUCAGACGAACCGAGUGAAGACCCGACGUCGAGCCCGUCGGAUGGUGACGUGGCAGUGUACUACCAGUGCGGUGGUCUGAACCACAAGGGCUCGACGACGUGCGAGGCUGGCAGCCACUGCGUCAAGUUUAACCCGUUCUACUACCAAUGCCGCCCCGACAGCGAGGCCGCCGAGGGCCAAGUACCUGCGUUUGGGCAGUGCGGCGGCAAGGACUUUAUCGGCGCGACCAAGUGCGUUGAGGGGUACCAAUGCGGCGAAAUCAACGAGUACUUCUUCCAGUGCCGCCCCGCGGCCGAGUAUGGCGGCAACCGCCGUCUCCGCGGCAUGUAGCUGUACCGAUCUCGUAACCCACGUAAACCAAUAUGAUAUCUGUUGGCGUAUCUUUGUCU